AUGACAACGUCUGUGCAGGGAAAAUCCGCGCUUGUCACUGGCGGUGGCUCGGGUAUCAACUUGUGCUUUGUGCGUAUACUCCUGGACAGUGGAUGUUCGGUCCUCAUUGCCGAUCUCAAACUGCGGCCCGAAGCUCAACAGCUCCUGAAGCAAUAUCCGUUCCCUGGCGUCGAUGGCAAAGCUGGAGUCUUAUUUCAAGAAACCGACGUUACAUCUUGGCCACAGUUGACGGCUGUUUGGAAGAAGGCCUUGGAGAAGUUCACAACUGUCGAUAUUGUUGUUCCAGGAGCCGGUCUGUUCGAGCCUCAAUGGUCCUCCUUCUGGGAACCACCCAAAACUGAGAGCAACGAGGAUAGUGUCUCUCGAGAUGAUGCCAAUGCGGAACCUGGACACUAUGCAGUCUUGGAUGUGAACCUGGUAUCUCCCAUUCGGCUCAGUCAGCUGGCUAUCGGGCAUUGGACAAAGACGAAGCAGAAGGGAUGCCUUGUACAUGUUGGCAGCAUGGCUGGCUACUUGGCUGGCAUAGCAACACCCUUGUACUUUGCGAGCAAGCAUGGCUUGCAUGGGUUCGUGAGAGCAUUGGGGGGAUUGCGUGAUGAUCUUGGUAUUCGAGUCGGCUGUGUUGCUCCCGGCGCAGUAGAGACCCCUCUGUGGCAUGAAGAUCCAACCAAAGCAGUCAUGCUAGACGAGGAUACAGUUCUGAUAGAUCCUCUAGAAGUGGCUCGAGGCAUGUGGCAACUUGUCGUCAACCCCGAGUAUGGCAAUGGCACCAUCCUCGAAGUGACCAAGGGAGAAACGAGAGUUGUGCCACUCUUCAAUGCACCAGUUCCGACCGGUGAAGGCAUUAUGGUACCUGGGUAUGAAGCUUCCAAGGACGCUCUGUAUGUGAAGCUGAAAACAGAGGGCUUGGAUGUAUGA